GAAAUACACCUCAGGCCGUUCACGAAACGGCCGAUCAGCUGUCAUUCUGUCCCUGGAGUUUAAAUUUACUCCUAAAAAAAUCAUAACACGAGGGAAUUGUAGCAUAUUAUGUCCUCCAACAACAUGUCAGACCCGAGGCGACAGAAUAAGAUUUUGAGGUACAAGCCUCCCAGCACAGAGACCAACCCCACACUGGAGGACCCCACCCCUGACUACAUGAACCUGCUCGGCAUGAUCUUCAGCAUGUGUGGACUGAUGCUCAAGCUGAAGUGGUGCGCCUGGAUCGCGGUCUACUGCUCGUUCAUCAGCUUCGCAAACUCCAGAAGCUCCGAAGACACCAAACAGAUGAUGAGCAGCUUCAUGCUGUCCAUCUCAGCAGUUGUAAUGUCCUACCUCCAGAACCCACAGCCGAUGUCGCCGCCAUGGUAACCAAAGGCCCACGACGGAGGAGCAUGGGAGUGAAUUGUGGACGCCGGAGUGGGUGACGAGACAGCUGAUUGGCCCCCCUGGCCGUCGGCGAGCAAAAACAGAGACGGAAAGGAAGAUAAUGCGAUAGAGAGAGAAAACAGAUGACCAGGAGAGGUGGACAGUAAAGAGGACGCUACAUCAUAGAUGAAGGGAUCAAAUGGCCUUUGACUGUGUUCUCAUGAUGUUCUCUUUUCAACCUUUUCUAAGUCUUUUGUUGUUUUAUGGAAACUUUGACAUUUUACUUUUACUGUUUGGCUGAUCUGUUGAGGAGUUUAUGGUAAAUAAAGAUGUACGGUUUUAAAAGGAA